GGCAACCGGCGGGUUGUUAUUCGUGACAGUUGAAAAGGUUGGGUUGAGGAUUAUUCGCUGACUAUGGCUGGCUGUAAUUACGAAUAAAGUAUCACGCAGUAUUAGAGAAGAUAAUUCUAACGAAACGAACGUCGCAACACGACGAUCGGAUCUCGUUAGUACAAUAAUUUUGCUGCUUUGAAAUAGAAAGUACUUACGGUUUACGCGGAAAAUCAGAAGAAUCAGUGAUCUUCCGAAAUUCUCCGAUCAUUGUGUACAAUCUAAAUUUUGUGGGAUUUUCAUUUUGCAGCCACGCCAAACUUGACAAUCAUCCUAAAUCGGAUGAAUAAUAAUCUCUAAAUUGUUACGGAAAAUACUCCUUAAGUGAUCUUUAGUGCUUGCUUGAGAUGGAGGAUGCACAAGAGGAGUUGCAAUUUGUAGUAGAUGAUGUGAGCAAUAUCAUCAAAGAAGCGAUUGAAGUAUCAAUAGGCGGCAAUACAUAUCAGCAUAAUAAGGUUAACCAAUGGACCUCAAAUGUAGUAGAGGCAUGUUUAGGCAAUCUUACAAAACUACAGAAGGCUUAUAAAUAUAUUGUGACUUGUACGAUCAUGCAGAAAAAUGGAGCUGGACUUCAUACAGCAAGUUCAUGUUAUUGGGAUAAUGUUACUGAUGGCAGUUGCACAGUGCGCUGGGAAAAUAAAACCAUGUAUUGCAUUGUAUCUGUAUUUGGAUUGGCCCUAUAAAUUUGUCCACGUAACAAAAAUUCUGUAUUUAAAAAAUUCAAUAAUUUGGCAAAUAUGAAAUACAUAGCAAAUGCUACUUUUAAAAGUAAAAACAUUUGAUUCUAAAGUCAUUUGAUAAAACUCAAUAUUUUUGCACAAACCACAGAAAUUAACGCUUGAAAUAAAAGAACACAAAUGAUUGCGCUAUUAAGAUUGACUAUGCAAUGCAAAGAUUAAUAUAUAUGUGAUACAAAUAAAAUCAUAUAGAUAUACAAAAUAUGUAGUAAAAGUAGUAAAAGUAUAUUUAACUUUCUUUUAUGAAAAAUGAUAUUCUAUCUAUACAUUGUAACUUCUCUCUAUGAAAAAUAAAUGCAAGAUAUCGAUUA